AUGAUCAAUUACUGCGUCCCCUUUCCCUUUCCUUCCGAAGAGAAACUAAUCCCUUCGACUCUGGACGACGAUCCGUUCAUCUUCCCUCAACCGUAUGAUAUCAUGACUUUUUAUUCGUCCUUCGAGUCACUUCCUACCGCUCCGGCUCUUUCAAGUUCCCUUCAAGCUUCACCGGCUGCUCCAGGGACUUCCGCGAUGGAGAUUUCAUCGCUCAUCCAAUUCCUUCUGAAUCCAGGCUAUCAAAUACAUACAUCACAGUAUGCUCGCUUUAAUCCGCAUCCUGAAGCUGUUUCCCACUCACAGUCACUUGAAGGCAUUGAGCCCGACCGUCAUCGUCCGGCUGCUGAACCCAGACAUGAAAAUUCGACCUUCUUGAUUGCCUGGUCCAUUGAUAUUUCUGUACAUUUAGUCGUUAAAGAUCGCACAAAGGAAAGUGAUGAAGAGUCAGUCCCAUUCUAUUAUUUGAAACAAAACGAGCCCUAG